ACGGGCUUUGGGAAAUGUCUCUGAGCAGCCAUGGUGAGAGAUGGCUUGGCACAGACCAUGUCAAAGUCAAAACCGCCGCUUCCACUGGUGCCAUGGCCCGGCCGCCCGGAUUUUCGGCCACCCUUCGUGGUGCCCGUUCCGGUGGUCGUGCCACCACCGGGCCCAGCAGUUGCGAAGCUGGGCGUGCCAGGUGAAGCCAAGGCAGACGCGAAGCCUGUGGCAUUUUCAAAAUCUGCUCAUGGCCAGAAGCUCCCGCCGCUGUCCCCACCGCUGUCCUUGCCGCUGUGCUUGCCGCUGCCGUUGCCGCUGCCGUUUCCAGCACUGCCGGUGCCGGUUCCAGUGCCACUGCUUGGUUUCCGCCAGGUGAAGGAGGAACCGGACGAUGCAGAUGGUGAGGUUGCGCCCAACGCCCUGACAGCGGCUCACAAAACGGCACCCGCCGAAGAACCUGCUACAGAGCAGCUGGAGAAAUUGCGACAGUGGUCGGAACGACUGAAGUGCAUCAGGUGCACCGAGUCCGCUGAUGCCAAGCUGCGGCGCUUGGAAGAACUGCGUGCGGCACUGAAGGCGGACCUUGCGCGUGAGGAGCUGCUGGCGGCGCAGGCGACGCGCCGCGCGGAGCUGACACACCGCGCUGAGCAGAGCCAACUGCUGCGACAAACCGCAGGACGCGUCUUGGCCUUGGAUCUGACGUCCACGUUGCGCGACGUUCGGAUGCUCAGCAGCUGCGGCUCGGCCGACGCUUUAGCAGAGGCACUGCAGCAGCUGCUGCUGACCCUGCGACGGGCGCAGCAGCUGUGCCGCCAACGCCAUGAAGAGGAGAAACAACUCAACGAAGAACAUCGCGAACUACGCGAGAGAAGUGACAGCGAGGGCCGGCAACGGCGCCUGGCUCUGAUCCGACAACUGGCAAAGACCAAGCAGGAGACGCAUACUGUGGAGACAGACGCGAAGGAUGCCGCGCAAGGCAACCCAAACUACGCAGACCUCGUGGCAGUUUGUGGCGUGCCUCUUCUGGCCGAAAUUGCUCAUGAGGCCAGCGAAGCCGGCAUCGACAUUCUUGCACUCUCCACGCAGCUAUCGCAGUGCGUACUGCAAGGCGCGUCUCAUUUGCAGAGCGAGAGCGUUGCGGCGGAGGAACUUCGAUCGCUGAUGGAAGAGGCCCAGGUCCAGCAACCACCGGUGCAGAAAGCCGCCGUAAAGGAGGAAUGCACCGGCGACAACGGCGACAGCCGUCGUCGCCGAUCACUGGGCUCCGUGGGCUCCCGGUCCCGGUCCCGGCGAAGGCCACGCUUGGAAUCCGCGAAAAACUUCGCCAUGCCCACCGUUUUGACAUGCAAAACUCCACACGUCAUGGAUGCCAUGGAUGGUGCCGCCACAGCCCGGGCAGUGCUGGCCGAUGGCAUGGGCGGCAUGGGCAGCUGCGGUGUUGCGAGGGUGCGGCCAUGGAGCCGCGAAUUCUGUGGGUUGGCUUUGCCUCGGGAUCUUCUUGAAGUGAAAGAUCGGAUGCUUCACAACGGCGUCUAUUUCUGCGCAAACUACGUGGUUUUGCUGCAAGCUGCCAUACUUCUCGGUUUGCUCUCCAACAUUUGGGCCCUGCUGCUGGGCACCGCCUUUUGCGGAGUCACCUAUGCCUUGCUGUUCACAGAUUGCGGGUCCAGCACCGGCUGUGAUGGAGCAUUGCGAUAUGCCUGUGCCGUGCCGUUGGUUUUUCUGACCACUGGGUUUGUGUUGAGCUUUGCGCACGAAUUGAUCUACGCAGGUGGUGUAUGGCUGAUGGUGGUGCUGCUACACAUCAGUGGCAAACCUUUGGAUGCCAAAGGCUCGUACAUCGACAUUUGAGAUAUUUGAGGGAGCUCCUCUAUGCGGACAGAUGCUUUGAGAAAA